GUCUGUGCUCAGAAAGAAGGAGCAGAGCUUAAACUCCUCCCUGUGAACUUUGGAAGGUUUUCUAGUUUUUCAUUCUGCUUCAUCAGACGUUCCCUCCUCUUCCUCAGCUCACAGAGACGCAGCAGCAGUGAAGGCACAAUAUGCUUGAAUCGUGGAUCUUCCUGCUUCUCCUAGUCCCGGGGGGACAGAUGUUCAUGCUCCAUAACACGCAGUUCGGCCUGUGUUUGGAGGACUCGGCCAACACCAGUCAAGUCAUCUUGAAGAAGUGUGACCUUGACUCACUGGCUCAACAGUGGGUGUGGAUCAGCCAGGGCGUACUGAUGUGCGUCGAAUCAUCCAGGUGUCUGUCGGCUCAACAGGAUGAUCCGGUCCAAACCCAGUCCUGCCCGGAGCGAGACGUGGAAGCUCCAGAACCCAUGUGGGACUGCAGCAACAACAAACUCAUCAGCAGAAAUACGUCCUUACCGCUGUCCACCGACGGACAGCGUGUCCUUCUUUCAAAGCACUUCCCUUAUUUUGAGUGGAAGUCUAUUGAUGAGAGAAACAUCUGCACAGCAAAGAUCAGAUUCAGGAGAGCGGAUGACGACCAGGAGCAGCUGGAGGAUUCAGAGGAGCCACAAAAUCAGGUGCAAGGCAUGACGGAAAAGCAAAAGGAAUAUUUACGCUGGUUCUACCGCACAGAGGAGCCGGCGAUUUGGACCUAUGUGUUGCUGGGGCUGGCCUUUGUCUGCUUGCUCGUAGGGUUUAUGCUGCUUGGAAUGGGAACCGUUGCCAACAAUUUUAUCUUCAACAGGAGCAGGAAGGAGAUAGCUAAAUACAAAGCAGCUGCAUCCCUUCUCCAGAAAAAUGAAGGCGAAGAGCUUGAAAUCAUCUCUGCCCUUCGGGAUAACGGCACAUCUCCGCUGCCCCAGGGUCACAGCUCACCCAUGUCUGAAAGGGACACAUCCGAGAUCAAGGCGGGGGACAUUGUGGUGACAUGGAAAGAUGGAAACACCUCCUGCCUCUAUUCUGAUCAUUCUGUGGAGAAGAAACUGGACGAGGAGGUGGAGAAGGCAAACGAGGAGAAACUGGAGGAAGUGUGGCAGGAAAGAGAAGCACAUGACGAAGUGGGAGUGACAGAGUGAAUAAUGUUGCCUAUUAAACGCUUUUUAAGCUUCUUUUGAUUUAGUUUGAAUGAGCUGUUAAUGUGUAAUGAGUUGACGGUUGCAUAAAACUAAUGAAAGCUGAUGCACCUUUCAAACAUACUAAAGGUCUUAUUUAGAGCAUGUAGCUGCUAUAGUGGACAGAGUCAACUAAAUAUCGUAAUCUUAAAUGGUAUCCAACAAACAUGAACCCUUAUUUAGUGAGUAACAUAUUUAAAUAAAUGUACAAUCUGCUCGACAGUUUAAGUUUGUAAUUGCUAUUUUAUAUGACUGUUAAUAAAUUC